CUCUCUCUCCCUCAUUCCCUCCCUCUUCAUCCAGCCCCCUCCAUCCACCAUGGCGGCCGGACUGAGCAUCACCGCCCGUGUUGAGGGUCUCUGUGCGGCUGAGACUCGCUGUUCCCCGGUCUAAACCCCCCGGAGCCACCGCUGCUGCAGUGUGCGGAGAGUGUGAAGAUGAGCGGGAGUUCAGCAGAAGUGCCGGGCAGGCAGGUUUUGCCUCAAGAUCAUGUGCUCAAUUCUGGUGCAGUCACGUACCCAGGUACGUUUGAUCAGCAUGGCUGCCCGUUAGUCAUGUUCCCAACAGAGUCUCAGGACAAGCUUGUGUCAGAUCUGACCAAAGAGGAGGUGGCCGACUUCAUCAGCUACUUCCUGCGCCUCCACAGUAAGAAUAAAGAGGAAUGUUUGGUGUCUGUUGUUGCUGAUCUGAGAGAGGCUAACCUCAGCAUCGCCAGACGAGUGGCUGAAAGUCUUCUGCUGCUGGAGCUGCACAGGAGGACUGUUCACUCUGUGUAUGUGGUUCAGCCCAGGAAGAGGGAUGCACUAAAGCUGCUGCAGAAGCUGCUGCUACCAAAGAAAGCCAGCUACUCCCCACAAAACGCCUACAAGUGCGUGUUCCUCAAAGAAGUGUGUGAGUUGUGGAACUACAUUGACCGCAGCCAAUUGACAGCCAGUCUGGGAGGAUAUCUCGUCUACUGCCACAGCAGCUGGGUCAGCUUUGUUAAGGAAAUAGACAGUUUUGUGCAGCAGUUUGUGGCAGUGGUCCAGAGGUUGCCAGUGUGCAUCAGCGCUUUACAGUCCAUCUCAGCAUUGCCAGUUCCUGCGGACCCCUCCAGACUUUCUCAGUUCUGCUCCAGCAACCAGGCUGAGCUCCAGCAGAUACGCAGUGAUCUUGGUCUGGAUGAGUUGUUGAGGAGGUGCGAGUGUGUGCUGGAGAAGUUUCGUUUUCCUGAAAGUGAUCAGUGUUAUCAGGCCAUGGUGGGAACUCACCUCUACACACACACUGCGCUGGAAAUGCUGCACAACUAUGAAAGAAUAACAGCGGCGGUGGAGAAGGUGGAGUUGCUGUGGCAGCAGGCGUUCUCAAAAGCGCGAGGGCAGCUGCAACUCCUCAACCUCCAGAAAGAAGCACAACAGGUUGAGUCACAGAUGGAUUUGGUGUGGCAGAAGCUGCAGUCGUUCAGCACAGAGACUGCUGCAGAUGGUGGCAGCGCUGAAACACUGAAGCUGGAGUUUGAGGCGUCUGUUUACACUCAUGCUAUGGCUCUAGUGAGGCGUGCGGAGGAUGUGAUCCACACAUUAGUGGAGAAUGUGGGUGAGCGCAGUGUUGGGGAGCAGUGGGUGGUUGAGCUGGAGCAGCAGAAGGAGCGGUUUAGAUCAGCAGUGGAGCUUCAGUACAGUAACAUCCGCACGCACUGCCUCUUCCACCAGCUCCACAAUAAAAUCCAGAGCUGGUACAGUCUAGCAGUGUGUGAGAGUUUCCUGCAGGACCUGCUGUGGGUGACCUGCUGUACGGAGCAGGACAGUCAGGGCGAAGUUUCAGCCGGGCGCGAAUGGAGGCCUGCGCUGGAGUCGUUUCUCAGAGUGCACACCUGUCCUCAGGUGGAGGAGUUGGUUCAGCUAGCGCACCUGGCUAAUGUCAUAUCUGACCCACAGCUGCAGAAUGCAGGCAAACAACUCGCUCACAGGUGUAUGAACUUAAGGAAGCUGCUGACGUCUCCUGGUUCAGCGACGCUUCGUGAUCUCCAGUUAGCUCUGCAGUGGCAGUAUGAGUACCUGAAGGGCAGCCGUGAGACGGUGAACUCUGACCUCAUUCCGAGAAGAAACGAGAGUACUGAAACGGUGGACAGUGAACGCAGCGUCCAGAGAGAUUCUGGGUUUGUGUCAAUCAUGGCCUCAGUGAGGCCUUCAUCUUCACAUCCUGAUUUGAAUAAACAGGACUGUGUAAAGAAUAAUCCGUUGCGGUCAGCAGUGCUGCCGGACGCUGCCUCGCUGGCAGGAAAGCCGCCGUCCCUUAGCUCUUUUGAUUCUGGUUUUGAAGGAGCAGGUGGUGGUCAGAUUGAAGGAAAAGAGGGGCAGGAUGGUCUACCCAGAAUGCCCUACAGCAGAGAGACUACAUCCAGGCUAAAGGUUCCCCAGCUGCAGAUCAGUGAGGAGAAUGUCUCCAGCAUGUCUGACUCGGAGGAUCUGGAUCAUGGAACUGCUGGCAGCAAUUCUACAACAGCGAGUAUUCACAUCAUUCCCAGAAUAACCUCAGACUCUCUCAACUUUGAGAUAAAAGUGCAGCGAUCAGCCACACUGCCCAAGAAUCCCUGGCUCAGCCUCCCAGUAGACAACCUGGAGAGUUCAUACACCGUGACCAUCAGCCCCAGCUCUCCUGCCCUGCAGAGACCACCAAAGUGCCACAGCCCCUCAGAGCACUGCCGUGACCAGCCCACUCAGACGGACUCACAGGGGUGUGGGUACAGCACUAAGCAACAGGAUCAUGAAGGGAGUUUUCGGGAGGGGGAGUUCAGUCCAAUCCGAAAUGUUCUCUCUAGCACGAUGGCAGAGGGUGGAGACCAAGCAGAUGGUACAACAGAUGUCCCGCACACACUGCUGUGGGACACCUAUGACCUGCAUGAUGUUAGACAUGACGCAUCAGACAGGUUAUCAGACAUCUCUCUGGGUAACUGGGAGCUGGAGGAGCAGAAGGAACUUCAAGCUGUGGAAGAAAUCUUGGGCCGCACUGCAGGGAUACUACAGGAAGAGGAGAAUGUUCUGGCUCAGGAAGUUGCUCUGGAUGUUCUGCUGAAAGCUGACCAUGUGGGCAGACAGUGGCCUUCUUGGAACCACAUGUCCUCAAGUGAGCUGGCUGAAGCAGGAGUGAUCGGGCUGGAGGAUGACCCCACCUCUCCUCUACGUUUCAACUGCCGUGACAGCGUUUCUUCAUCUAGACCAAACUCUGAGGCGAUUUCACCUGCUGAGCAGCUCCUGCAGCCAGACAGGAGCAGAGUUCUACAGGAGCUGGAAGAUCUGCAGGUUCUAGAGGAAAGGAUUAUGGAGGAGAAUAUGAAGAUCCAGGAGUUGCGUCUUUCAGAGAAAACUCCAGAAAGUAGGAGGAAGUUCCUGGAGGAGCUGGAACGUGAGAAGAAGGAAGUGGAGGAGAUGGAGAGGAGUUUGAGGAGAGAGACCAAGAAGAAGAGGGAAGGAAAGCCGAAGAAAAGAUCUCAAAGGGGUCCAAAGGUCGUGAAGUGCUCAAUCAUGGAGAUGACCAUGGCACUUCAGAGCUUUGAGGAUGAGGAUGCUGUGUGUGAUGAAGCUUUGUUAAUGAACUGCAGACGUGAAACACAAGAAUCCAAAUCAUUACAAUCUAAUUCAAGACAUUUAGAUACCGCCACAGAUGGAUUUAUUUCGUGCCUGGACUCCGGUCAGUCUUGUACAGCGAUGUCUGUGGGAUUAGCAACAGAGGAAUUUGGUCACUCUAUAGAUGUCGAUCAGUUUCAUGAAGAUUACACCAAAUCUGUACCUUCCAAUUCAGCCCUAGAUGAAAUUGUUCAUUUUCCAGACAAGGAUCAGCCUCACGAACCUCCAGAUUUAAUCACAGAAGACUCUACCAGUUCUAGACCCUCUAAUUCAGGCUUGCGUGAAAUUAUUAAUUGUGAAGGCUCAAAUCAGCCUUGUGCAUCUGCCAAUUUCUCCACCACAGAAGAAUCCACCAAUUCAUCACCAUCUAAUCUAAUCAUAGACAAACUAAUUGAUUGUGUAGACUCAGAUCAGCUUUGUGAACCUCAAGAUUUAACCACAGAAGAUUCCACCAAUUCCAGACCAUUAGAUUCUGCCCUAGAUGAAAUAAUUAAUUGUGCAGUCCCAGAGCAGCAUCAAAAAACUCCAGAUUUAACCACAGAAGAAUCCACUAGUUUUGGACCCUCAGAUUUAUCUCCAAGUAAAAUAAUGGAGUGUGCGGACUCAAAUCAGAACCAUGAACAACCUCUACAAUUAACCACAGAAGAUUCCAGCCUUUCCAGACCAUCAGAUUCUCCCCUAGAUGAACUAAUUAAUUGUGCAGUCUCGGAGCAGCAUCGAAAAACUCCAGAUUUAACCACAGAAGAAUCCACUAGUUUUGGACCCUCAGAUUUAUCUCCAAGUAAAAUAAUGGAGUGUGCGGACUCAAAUCAGAACCAUGAACAACCUCUACAAUUAACCACAGAAGAUUCCAGCCUUUCCAGGCCUUUAAAUCCAGUGCUAGAAGAAAUCAUUCAAGACUUAAAUCAGAUAGUUUUAGACAGUCAUUGUAAAGAUGCAGAAUUGGGUACUGAUCCUCCUUUAAUAGCGAUCACGAAGAAACCCACUAACAAUGACUUAUAUUUGAGUGUAGAUCAGGAUGAGGAUAAACAGUCUAUACAUUCCAGCCCAUCUAAAACAGAUGGAGAUGUUUUUACACCAGGUAAUUCUCUAAUAACUCAUACUGGAAGUCAGAUGAAAGAAACGGGUCAGCAGAUGGAUACGUCCAAAUCAGGUAUGAAUGAAAAUCCAUCUGAAAUCAUGAAAGAAAGCUGGAAAACUGACGAGUCAGAGAGUCAAUCAGGUGAUUUAAAGCUUAUGGAGGCUUGUCAGGAACGAGCAGCAUUUGACCCUGGUGGUCCAAAACCACAUCCACGUCUCCAGCGGAUGAAAAAGCCUCUAAUGCACAGUGGAGAAAGUUCUGUUUCUGAGCAAAACUUGGAAACAUGCGACCAUCAUGAUGAGUCUGUAGUUACAGGAUCAACUCUACUGCCCUCUGCUGGUCCAAAGCCAAAAGAGCGCAAAAAUCUCCCACCCAGAAUUUAUCCAUCUGCUGCGGAACACAACCGAAACAAUAACAACCCUCGCUGUGCAGAUCUCUAUCGGCUUGAUGCUGAAACGUUCCUGCAGGAGCCCGCAGUGGAGUAUGUGGAGUAUGAAGCUGUUGAUCACACAGAUGUGGACAUUGUGAGUCAGAUCUCUGAAACUGAAUCUCACGGAGUGUGUAACAAGUCUGGGGCCAAAGUGACAAACACGAGGAUUGAUGAGGAACCCUCCACGAGAACUGUGUGCACAUCACCUGCCCUCCAUCAGCAGCUUCAGAUCUGCAGCAGAGAGGCAAGUGAGUUUCUAACCCCAGUAGUGCUGGACACUGGCUCUGGGUUGGUUAAGGCUGGAUUUGCUGAUCAAGAUCUUCCCUCUCUAAUCUUUCCCACUGCCAUUGGUGUGCCCAAAUAUGAGGAGGUGAUGAGUAGCAGUGUGCAGCAGGCCGUAUAUGUGGGUCACGAUGCCCAGCACAUGCGAGGUGUCUUAACGCUCCAUUAUCCCAUGAAGAAUGGCAUCAUUGACAACUGGGACCAGAUAGAGAUGAUCUGGCAGCAUGUGUUCCGGCAGCUGGGUGUUGAUCCUGAGGAUCACCCGGUGCUGCUGACAGAGGGGGUGUUGAACCCUCAGGGUAACCGGCAGCGCAUGGUGCAGACAAUGUUCGAAACUUUUAACGUUCCUCUGACCUUUAUCGCUCUGCAACCUGUACUAGCACUGUAUGCAGCCGGACGCACCACAGGUGUUGUGUUUGAUUCGGGGGACGGUGUUAGCCACAGUGUUCCAGUGUUUGAUGGCUACUCCUUGCCUCAUGCUGUCCAGCGCUUGACUCUGGCUGGAUCUGAUGUCACCAUGCAGCUUAAAAAGCUGCUCCUGGAGCAGGGGGUGUGCAUGCGGACCUCGGCGGAGUUGGAGAUUGUACGUGAUAUUAAAGAGAGAUGCUGCUGCGUUGCUUUAGAUUUUGAGGUGCAGCUUAGCAAAGGGGGCGGGGCCAGCACACCAACACAUUACACUUUACCAGAUGGACAAAUCGUUUCCCUUACAACAGAGAGAUUCAGGGCUCCUGAGAUCCUGUUUAAGCCAGAGCUGAUUGGCCGUGAUCAUUAUGGGAUUCAUGAGAGCAUUUUCAGAUCUGUUCUGCAGUCUGAUAUAGACCUGCGGAAGAGCUUCCUGGGAAACAUUGUUCUAUCUGGUGGAAACACGCUGCUAGCCGGUUUGCCGGAGCGUCUGCAGGUGGAGCUGGGUAAUUUGGCCCCGGCGACUGAGUGUGUAAAAGUGAUUAGUGCCCCUGACCGCGACUUCUCUGUGUGGAAAGGCGGUGCCGUUCUCUCGAGCCUGCCGACUUUCAGCUCCGCCUGGAUCAGCCGCGAUGAGUACGAGGAGUUUGGACCAAACAUUGUGAACAGAAGAUGCUUCUGAUCAUCUGACCUCCAUAAGGGUUGUAACUGGACAAAUUUAUUUUGUAUUUUAGUGCCAUAAAUCAUAAACUUACAUUGAUUGAUCGUUUGGGGAGAAAAAGCGAAACAGUUUUAAGAGUUAAACUUUGUUUAGGCUAAAUAGACUCCAGCAUUUAUUAUGCGUGUGUGUAGUUUCCUGUCUGAAGAGCCUGAAUGAGUGGAUUGUUUUAAGUGUUGGAGGCGCAGCUCAUGUUUUAAGAAAACAUGAUAUCUGAACUCAAAACCUCUGAAUCGGUACCGUGAAAAAUCUAUUUUUUUAAAUAAUAAUGAAACAACUUUAAAGAUUAAAUAUGUAUUUAUGUGAAUAUAACCUAACUAUAUUAUACUUUUCAAUGUUGUCUCUUUUUGUUGUUUUUUUUUUUUGGUUUUUUUUCCUCUCUCCUUAAAAGCUCUCUCAAAGCUUGUAAGCACAGUUGCUGGUGUUUUUUUUUUAUGAGAUUUAGUAUAUUAAAGAAUCUACAGAAGCAAAAAUGGCGAGCUGAGCUCCUUCUUCCUUCCUCCAGUAUGAAUUAGCCAUGUAUGAUCUUUCACUGUGCCCCUAUACCAUUGCACUGGGUUUCAUAGAGAGCCUUGACGAUCAUCUUAUUUUACUCUGUUAAAUUAGCCUUUUGUGUUUCUUUUUUUGUGUGAAAACCUUAAACAUUCACAUUUGCUUUGAUUUCUGCACUAUACGUUUUUUUGUAGUAUGCAUGUAUGUAUUUAUAUUUGUCUCGACCUUAUGAUUGCUGUGGAGUUUGCUGUGUGCUUUUGAUCUAAAUGCUCUCUAAGCCCAGAACUGAACCCCUGCUGUUUGCUGUGAUUUGUGUUUUUUUGUUUUUUUUUGCACAGUGGUUUGGAUGAGGUGUUCUUACUUUUCUUACUUUUUUCUGUUUGCAUUGGGUGUAAGUGGUGCUGGAGUGUGGGGUCAGUGCUGGGAUUACUGUAACAGGCUACUGGGGGAAAGCUCAGACUUCUUUUAAAACUGUAACAGUGGACAACUGUGUAUGUGGGAGUGUGAUCGUUGUGCCUGUUGUACCAGAUACUGUGACCUUUUUUUUAAUAAAUAUUUUAAUGACAA